UAGGACGCACGCGAUGCCGGGCGCGGAGCCUCGCUGAGUUCACCGCGCGGCGCCCCGGGAGAGGCAGGAAAAGGAGCGAGCGAGCCCCGGGAUGAGCGCCUCGGCUGCCACGGGCGUCUUCGUGUUGUCCCUCUCGGCCAUUCCCGUCACUUACCUCUUCAACGCCUUGGCUGCCAGCGGCGGCUCCUGGGUCACUGUUGCAGUUGGAUUGUUGAUUCUGUUCUUAGUGGGUCUAGCAGCCCGAUUCCUGGUGAAAAGAAAACCGCCCCGAGACCCACUGUUCUAUGUCUACGCCGUGUUUGCUUUCACCAGCAUCGUGAACUUGAUCAUUGGGCUUGAGCAUGACGGAAUCAUCGAUGGAUUCAUGACCCAUUACUUGAAAGAGGGCGAACCAUAUCUGAACACGGCCUACGGCCACGUGAUCUGCUAUUGGGAUGGCUCUGUUCAUUAUCUGAUGUAUCUCUUGAUGGUGGCAGCUAUUGCAUGGGAGGAAAGUUACCGGACUAUUGGCUUAUAUUGGCUGGGCUCCAUCAUGAUGAGUGUCAUUGUCUUUGUCCCUGGAAACAUUGUGGGCAAGUUUGGAACCAAAAUUUGCCCCGCAUCUUUAUUAAGUAUCCCAUUUAUCUGUCUCCCAAUGUGGGCUGGUUUCAAAAUCUAUAAUCAGCCUCCCGUGAUUGGUGACUCUCCAGCCAAGGUGAUUCGGGAAGUCCAGCAGAAGAGACUACUGAGGAGACCUCUAGAUUUCCUGUCGGCUGUAUAUUUCAUCUUUGCAACUGGAUUUUGCCUUUUUAGGGGCCUGGUUGCCUUGGAUUGCCCGGCCGAACUUUGCCGACUGUACACCCAACUUCAUGAGCCGUAUAUCAAGGAUCCUGUUGCCUAUCCAAAACUUCAGAUGCUGGCAUACCUGUUCUAUUCUGUGCCAUACUAUAUAAUCUCACUGUAUGGUUUGCUCGUUCCUGGAUGCACCUGGAUGACUGAUUUAACCCUUAUACAUGCUGGAGGACUAGCCCAGGCUCAGUUUUCACACAUUGGGGCUUCUCUACAUGCUAGAACACCUUACAUCUACAGAGUCCCCGAAGAAGGAAAUAUGUGGUUUCUACUACUCAAUGUAACAUAUGGAAUCGUUCCUCAGCUGUUGGCUUACAGGUGCGUCCACAGUCCAGAAUUUUUCUUAAAGGCCAAGACAGAAGAUAAGACUGAGUAGGAAGACUGGAGUGACGUCUUCAGUUUUGUGAAACUGGACUGCUGUUACAAACUCCGAGAGCAAGGAAGGGUCUUGCAAUAUCUGGAAGGCUUAACACAUUGAUUAAGGUAGAGGUUUUCAUGGACCACAGUCC